GUGUUACUUAUGUUUGAUUGGGAAAAAAAAAAUUCUUGUUUAUUUUGUUAAUUAGAUUUGAGUUUUUCUUUUUGUUAAUUUAUUGUUUAUCUUAUAAUUACUGAAUUCUAUUGUUUAAUUUAAUUAUCAUCUAACAUGAGCUAUCGUGAUGAUCAAAUUGAUGAGCUUCAAGCAUUGGAAGCAAUUUAUCCAAAUGAAUUAGAAGUAAUUUCCAGUGAGCCUCCAAUUAAAUUCAGUAUUUCUAUCGAUGUUGAAUCAGAGGAUCAUGAAGAAUAUCAAGUUAAACUAAUUUUCGAAUUUAAUGACAAUUAUCCAGAAGAAGGACCGAGUAUCGAGGUUGAUGAAUUUGGUGGAAGCUUUGAAGAGCAGGAUAAAGAUGAACUUUUAGACAUGUUACAAGCCGAAGUUUCCAACAAUUUGGGAAUGGUCAUGGUGUUCACCUUGGUUUCGGCUGCUAAUGAAUGGUUACAACAACGAUGUGAUUCAUUGACGAAAAGAAGACUCGAAGAAGCGGAAAGAAAAAAAUUAGAAGCGGAAGCUGAAGAGAUGAGAAGAUUUGAAGGAACCAAAGUGACAGUUGAAUCUUUUCUCGCCUGGAAACGAGAAUUUGACAUUGAAAUGGCCUCGUUGGAGAAGACAAAGGCCAAAGUUGAAGGAUCGAACAAAAAGUUGACCGGUCGAGAGCUUUUCGAAAAGGAUAAGAGUCUAAUUGAAUCUGAUCUUAAAUUCUUGGAGGAAGAAGGUGGGGAAGCGGCAGUUGCAUCUUCGGUCGAUGUUGAUGAAUCUUUGUUCCAAGAUGUUGAAGAUUUAGACAUUGAUGAUCUGGACGAUGAAUAAUUGUUACUAUAAAAGCGGCUCAUUAAUUUUGUAUAUUACUUUAAAAGAAAAACUUUCUCAUGAAAAAAAGCGAAAAUCUCCAGUUGAUUGAAAUCGCGAAAAUUGUUCAAGUAAACAA